GUGCGUGCGUGCGUCAUGCGUAGAGCGUGCCGCCGGCCGCCGCGCCCCUCUUCCGGCCGCCAUCUCGCUCCGCUCCGCGUGCUGCGCUCGGCGCCGCGUCCCUGCCCGCGGCUCUCGCCUUUGCUCCGCUCCGGCCGCGCCGCUCCCGCUCCGGGAAGAUGAAAGAAACAAUCAUGAACCAAGAGAAACUCGCCAAGCUCCAGGCCCAAGUGCGCAUCGGUGGCAAGGGUACUGCCCGCAGAAAGAAGAAGGUUGUCCACAGAACAGCUACAGCAGAUGACAAGAAACUUCAGUUCUCUUUAAAGAAACUGGGAGUCAACAAUAUUUCUGGUAUUGAAGAGGUAAAUAUGUUUACCAACCAAGGAACAGUCAUUCACUUCAAUAACCCUAAAGUUCAGGCAUCUCUGGCUGCUAAUACUUUCACUAUCACCGGCCACGCUGAGACAAAGCAGCUGACAGAAAUGCUUCCUAGCAUCUUAAAUCAGCUCGGAGCUGACAGUCUGACCAGCCUGAGGAGACUGGCAGAAGCCCUACCCAAGCAACCUGUGGAUGGAAAAGCACCACUUGCUACUGGUGAAGACGAUGAUGAUGAAGUUCCAGAUCUUGUUGAAAACUUCGAUGAAGCUUCAAAGAAUGAGGCAAACUGAACUAAGUGUCACUUUCUGAAUAAAGUUAAAACUUGAAAAAGCUACAUGGAGCUGCUAUUUUAUAUUGUGACUGCUUUUAUUUGAUUUAUUUUUUAAAUUACCUGUUGAGAUCACAAGAUCUGUAAUACUUGGAAACUUCUUGAACCUUGCAGCUCUUUUUAGUUAUUGCUUGUACAUGAUAUUAUUUUUGUGGCCUGGUUGAACUUAAACAUAUGCUUUCAAAUAAGUCAGAUUGCUAAUGGAUCUCUGCCUAAAUACAAUUUUUGAGCAACUUGUAUACAAGCAAAACCCCAUCUUUAAUGAACUUUGGCAUACAAUAAAAAUAUAAAAUAAA